AUGACGCCCGACGCCACCGCGAUGUCGUCGUCAACAUCUGCGCGAGGUCUCUUCCUGGUGGUUGCCGCGCUGCUGCUGACUCAGUCCUUGCCCUCGGCUCGGGCUAUGGGUGCGGAGAGCCAGUGCGAUCCCCCGGGCGUGUGGCAGACUGGCCAGGCGCUGGACGAGACCGCCUCCAGGGCUUCCGGCGCCAACGUCAGCCUCAUCGAGCCGACCCGGUCCGGGAAGCUGCAGGAGUGCGUGGACCGCUGCUGCAAGAGAGAUGAUUGCAGCGUCGCCACUGUCAAGGUCCAAGACAAAGGUACUGUGCUCUGCGCUCUCUUCAACUGCAACCCACCAGAGAAGUGCAUCUUCAAAAAGUCAGCCCGGCUACUUAGCCUGGACCGAACGGCAACCGCCUUUCUAAGAAGGGUAGUGGCCGGAUGGCCCAAGUACAGUAACGUCGAGGUACGCCGGCAAUCUGACCUCGCCAAUUCCUCGUCAAGCUCGACGUCGUCACCGACUCCCGAUACGACGUUACCGUUCGUCGCUGAAGUGACUACCGCCAAAAUGGCCACGGCAGCCUUCGGGGACAAGUCGACGGUGACCACUGUGUCGGCUGCUAAGCUCAACACGGAAGACAGCGACGCCAACAGCCCCGCCGUGACGACGGAGAGUGUCACAGCAGCCUCCGGUGUGAACGCUUCCACGACGUCCACGACGCGAGCACCUCUGGGACUUAGUGGCAUAUUGGAUCUCCUGAACCACGUUGCCGAAUCAAGGACUCACUCCGGACCUCACGAGGGAACAGCUUUGUCUACAGACAGUGCCAAUCACGCUUCGGAGGGGACAACAUCGGUGACGUCUUCAACGACAGAAUCGUCGACCCGAUCGUCCUCCACCACGCCCGCUAGCGACGACAUGCCUCCACCAGUGUAUUCCGACAUGCCCGUAGCGUCUACAUCGACCAAAGGGACGACCAGCACCACCACGACAGUGUCGUCCGCUUUGGAGGCUUCCAUGAAGAAGAUCCUUCCCACGAACACCUUCGACGAUGAUGCCUGGUGGUCGAGGUUGUCGGCCCCUAUGAAGCCCUCUAACCCGUCGACGAACGCAACCAGCGUCACUUCCGAGAGCCCGAACGUGACUGAGAAGUCAACUGACGCAGCGGCCAAGACCAACGACCUCAGGGGACCCAUCCAGAUUUUCGCACCUACGACGCUGAACGUCGACCUGACGGCCGCCAAGGCGUCUCCCUCCAUAAGCCUAGUGAUAGGCCUGUGUCUCGGCCUUCUCCUCAUCUUCGUCGUUAUGGGUCUAAUCGGCCGAAGGAUUCUGGACGUGUGGCAAAGGAGGCACUACUCCAAGAUGGACUUCCUUGUCGACGGCAUGUACCACGUGACGUGAGCCGCGGAGUCGUAGAUUGGAACUGCAGCGCGUUACGAACAAAGUCUCUUAUGCAGUGCAAGUGCUAGAUGACGGUCGCCAAUGUGAUGAAUAACCGUGUGAAAGAGAUGUGUGAUCGCAGUGGAUGAUAGCUAAAAAGCCCUCGAAAACACUUGCUCCUUUUGCAUAGUGUGCUGGCGUCCACACUGCCUUUUUUUUUUUACGCACAAGCGCACAUAGGUACAGAAAGUUUCUUGUUCUACUAUAAACCACGGUGGUCUACUCAGUUUAUAAUAUUGACAUGACUACUGCCGUGAAAGCUCCGCAAUCACGCAUACGUUGAAAGCACGUAUACGUUGAGUAGUAGUGCAUUUGUGACUUUGCGAAUAUAGGAUCCGAACAAAACCUUACAGAACACCAACCCGAAAUUACUUUUGUACAAUUAAAACUUCGCGGUGUGUAGAUUCUUACCGAAAACAUUAGAUCUGUGGUGUUUUCAUAACGAAUCACUCAACAGAGUUUCCUGCUGAAAAGUAACAAUGCAGGACGCUGAAGCCGCUGUAAAAUGCUGUGUUUUUUAGGGCUUUCUGGUGUUUGUUUAUACAGAUAUAUUUUUUCUUGUUACAUGUGGCGACCAUCACGUGGGCUCCAGAUCAAGUUUUGUACAGACAUUAACUGUUGGAUGGCAGGUUUGUUUGAUACAGGAGUGCACGACCGUAUCCCGGAGCGAAAGGAGAGAUUUUUCUGUUGUUGGUUGAUUGUUUGCCAAACUCCGUGCAGUUUUUUGCGUCCGUGUUUCCUAGUGAAAAUCAAAACCCCCAAGUCAGACGAAGUCUGCUGGCGAGACUUAUCCUACAUGCAUUGUCUACAGAAACCUCGGUCAGUGUAAGAUAUGGUGGACAGGCGUUGCUCAUAGCUAAGAGAACAGCGUAAGUUAAAUGCAGAUUUGGUUACCCAGGACUAAGUCCACUUGGCAACCCUGCACAGAGUAAAGAUGUUUAAAUGACAUUAGCAGCUGAGAAAGAGUGGGUCGGGUGUUAAUCUGUACAGCCAUGAUAUCAAUGAACAAUACCUAAGAUCUUGAUGAAUACGAAAGGUCUUCCAUCUAGAUUUAUUACGCAUGGAGCAGAUAUGUAAAGUGAGCCGCUUACCUUCUAGGGACAUCUUCUUGACAACCGCGGUUAUUACUAUUGAGGAUAUUCUUUAUUGCAGUCAAUAGAGUGUAUGCUUUGUUGGGCAUGGAUGAUGUUUUUUUUUUCACUUUAAAGAAGAGAAAUUAGCAGGCGAAGUAGUGAAUUCAUACAAUAGAAAGUGAAAUUGUGUGUCAUUUCUGUAAUAAAUGGAGUUGCCUGUGCUUUA